AUGGUAAAAGCCCAGAUUCGGAAGAUGGAUGAGUUGGUGACACCGUUUUUCAAACUGUGCAUAUCCACGGCUAUCAUUGAUUUGAGUAUUCUAUUUGCCAAUUAUUUUGGGGCAAUGUUUCCAAAAAUGGGAUAUUUCACCAGUUUUUAUUUGAAUCUGGAUUACAUCUAUGCUCAUAUUUAUUUAUAUAUUGCCUGGAGUACUGGAAUUUGUCAAGCAAUGUCUGUAUCUGUACUGGCAACUAACCGAUUAUCAGCUAUGAUAUUACCACAGAGUUAUAAGAAAAUGUGGCAAUCCCAGAGACUUUGGAUAGCCAUUGCUAUUCAAUUCGUUCCAGGAAUGCUAGUUGGAAUAUUGACAUUUUUCAACAAGACUCAAUUGGUGGUGAACAAUGAAAAUGGUUUGAUACCACAGUUUAUGAAUAAAGCAAUGACGACUAUAUUCUUCUCAAUUGGUGGAUUCUUCCUUCUCUCAAAUUGCAUUUAUCUCAUUGUUGCUUACUGCUAUCUUUUCAUUAUUCUCCAUAAAAGAAAUACAAAACUGAAUGGAUUCUCCGGAAACGUUUCUCUAUCGAAAGAGAAAAUUCGAAAAAGAGAACGGAGACUCUUCAUAAUGUGCUCUAUUAUCGUAAAACCGUUCUCGUCUGAGAAGAAAGAUCAGGAACAGGAUGUUGGAAAUUGA